CUGAGAAAGCGCAGAGAAAAAGCAAAGCCAGAUCAAAGCAAACAACGGCCAACUGAAAACCGGAUUCCAGCGACCGAAAGUCGAUUCGCAAUGAAAGUUUUUCGUGAAAAUUCGUGUGAAAUACCACCAAAAGUGCAUAGGAAGUGAAAUUGUGACAUAAAGUUUGUGAAUUCAUCAAAGUUUUACCCGUUUGAAUUCGAUAGAUUAGUGUAAACGAGGGUCUUAGGUGCCGAGGAAGCUCUCGCUUCGGGUUUGUUGUUGUGCGUAAUACGCAGUCAGAAGGACGCAAUGCCGGUCAAAUCUCGAAAAAGGAUCGCAUCACGGCGGAGGGAAACCGUUUAUCCCGAAAGUGACGUUUCGUUGAAGGAGUUUGUUAAUAAUGAUCGUCGUCGGAAGGGACCACGAAUUGACCAGCUGACGGUGCCUCCGGAUUCGCCUUCGGUGAUAUUGCUUUCCAGUGCGGAAAAUACGCCGAGGCCGGAGGGCGGUUUAUUGGAUGUUGAUUCCGUUCAAGGCAGAGCCACCCGGCUGACCGACGUCGACAUGGUUCUGGAAGAGACAGAUGUGCGUUCGCGCAGAGGAGGCACCCAGCUGUUUGCGUUGAAUGAGACCAACACGAGCAUUGUAAAUCUGGACGAGACAGAUAUGAUUAUUCGCGAUCGCCCAAAAUCAUCCGUUGCUCAGCGCUGGACCAGAAGCGGAUCUUUGGCUCCAGCUGAAGUCGGAGAAGCACGGCGUAGUUCAGUUUAUUCGAUGGUUACGAAGCGUAAUCGAAGACGAGCACGUUCGGUGGCACCAAACUCUUCAGUUAUAACCGAAGACACUGGGAAGAAGUCCUCUGCCAACCAGGACGUAAAUGUAGAUGGAGGGAAAAAUCUGUCCCAGAUUACGGAGGAACAAUCGAACUCGUCGAGUUCUGACGGCUCGAAUGUAACGCCAAAACCUGUUGUUCGAGAACUUGUUAUCCAAACGAGAACCAUGUUGAGGCAAGGAAAAAAGUGGUCACCGGAUCUUAAGAGGGCAAAGUCUGCUCCUCGGUCGUCGAUGGAAACGGAAGUGGACAAAUCCCUUGAUUCGAAAGUUUCUCGAAGAAAAAGAAAAGUUCCGGAACAGAUUCCUGUCGUCUCGAAGGUAGCUAACGAUAAAGGCCAAGUCAUUGACGCUAAUCGAUCCAUUUCAUUGUCAAAGAGCAAUUCACCGGGAGUAAACCCCGAAAAGGUGAUCGAUGGAUCCACUGUAGAUAAUACGAAUGCAUCAACGAAAGUGUCCCAUCGAAGGCGACACGACGAUCAGAAAAAGUCCAAACGAUCCCAGCCAGAACUACCAGGCGAUGAAGUCCAAUCUAAUGUGUCGAAACGGAAACGUCCCAAACCUGCUCCGGAUAAGAGCCAGGAAACACCCAGUGACACAAAUCGUUCAUUGGGAAUAUCUGGGAGUGAAACAGUUUCUUCAACGGAUGAGUCUAUUCGUAAAAGGCCUCCUGCAGGACGUGGGAAGAACAUCUAUUCGACUGUCGAUAAUAAUUCUUCAAAAUCUAAAGAUUUAGACCUAGAUUUGGAAUCCAAACGCCCUCGAACGCGAUCCGUUUCCCGCGGUCGUCAACCGCAGAUUAAUUUGCACACACGGGGAAGGUCCCGUACUCGAACCGCUACCAAAGCGCCUGCAAGCCCUGAUAAGUCUGAUCUGGAUUCGACUUCGAAACGUGCCAGAACUAGAUCUGCAUCUCGAGCUCGUCUCCCACAAAGUGAAGGUCAAAAACGGAGGGGACGAUCCCGAAACAGGGUCGUUUCCGAGUCUAACAAUAUUGAACCCCCAACCGAAUCGAAACGGCCUCGAACUCGAUCCGUUUCGCGAGCUCGACAUCUUGACAUUGGAUUGAAAAAGCCUCGCCAGAAACGGAAUGAGUCUGAGUCAAAUGCUUCUAUUCAACCGAAUAAAUCAUCCACUUCCAUUCAAUCGGAUCCACCAAAUCCGCCUGCCAUUGAAUCUCAAACACCGAAAAUCGAGUCGAACACGUCUAAAUCCAAACGCCCUCCAUCUCGCAUGCGAAGCAAAUCCGUAGUUCGUACCAAGUCUCCGGCCGCGGAUCGUAGCACUGGAAGAUUCCGAACCCGUACAGCGACAAAGCUCGCCACCCCAACCCGCUCUAAAUCAGUUCCGCGGAAUAUUCUUUCGCCACCGCCAUCUACAGGAAACAAUUCCACCGCCAGCGAACACCACAUUCCAAUCUACCGGAAGUACGCCGAGCAGGUUCUGCAGCUUACUACGUCCCGUUCGGCUGCCAAACCAAACAAGCCACAACCCGCGACGAAAAACGUCGCCAAAUCAGGUGACGACAUCUACAUGUUCGAUUCGCCCAGUCAGGGAUCUUCCGCAAGUGAUGGUAACGAAGCCACUACCACCGGAACCGGCAAACCAUCAUCAUCCAAGGGAUCUACCGCCAAGAAGCGAUCUCGGUUGGGCAGUGUAUCGCGCAAUAGCAAGAAGACACCGCUCAAAAAGUCGCACCAUCAGCAUCCGACCGUGUUCGGCACGGAUAUGUACAAAAUUAGCAGCGUGGUUAAGAAGAUCGGAGGCGGACCGGUAAGGAGGAAGCAGGACGAUUCGACGAUGGGGGGCGAAACGGCGACGAAGAAUGUUGUGCACACGUCAAAGUUGGUCGCAAUGGUGCAGUCGCAACAGCCAUCCAACGUCCAGCAUCCAGUUCCUCGCAGUCCUUCUCCAACUCACGUCGACGAUAUCGACGACCAUCACCAUCACGACGAGCCUGAGGACCGCGGUUUCGAGAUAGAGAACAUCCCGGAUGUCGAAAUUCCAACACCUCUCUCUCCUCCCCGGCUAAACCCACAGAUUCAACGCGUCCUGCAACAGAGGCCUGGUCCCCAAUUGCACACUCCGGAUAAAACUCAACCGAACGCAACCCUCAACUUUUCCCCCCUCGGAGCAUCCUCGCCUUGGCGCAUACAGAAUGAAAACAUCCUUCCGAAGACGUUCUACUUUGCGCGCUCCAAGGAUCUUCUGCCAUCGUACGAAAGUGAUCUUGUCGUUCAGGACGAAAGUCGUGUGGUGAAACCUGUUACUCCCCCUGCACCGGUACCAACUCUUCCUGUCAUAGCAUCCCCAGUCAAGCCGCAGUCUCCACGGCCAGCUAACGUCACAUCCAAUAACGAAGAGAAACCACCUGCGGUCGUCUUUGCAAACAUUCAGAAAUCCUACGAUCAGCUCAAAGCCACCAGCGAAAUGAGCGAAAAGCUCAUCGCCGCCAUGAGAAAGUACAAAUCGAACAUUCACAAUCAGUCGGCCUCGAUGUUGGGCAACGAAAGCACACCCGAGGAACUUUUUGCCAAGUUCCGAGAGUACGAAGAGAACAUGAAGAAGACGUAUUUGAAACUGAAGCAAUGGUACGACCGAUCCAGACGUACGUACACCCAAUCCAUGAAGGCCAUCGAGCAAGCCGCUCCGAAAACCCAAGCCCAGCAGGAACUGGUGGACAACUUUCGCCGUAGCUCGCAACGGUUCAUAACGAUGAUGAACGAUCUGGAAUCGGCCAUGAACGAUUCCAACAUCGAGAAUCUAUCUCCACCAAAAGCAGCAGAGAAUCCCAGUCGCCCUGCUUUCAAGGAUAUCAUUCUCACCGAGCGGAACAUGAACGAUCGCAAUCGAAGCCCGUUAAAGUCCCUGGACAUUGUGAAUAUACCACCGAGAUUCUCUCCGAUAAAAUCGCCGCUGGUGAAACCCUCCUUCACGUCGUUUACCGCCAAUAAAUCCAUCCCACACAUUUCCAAAAGCAGAGAACUGUUCAGUCGAUUGAGUCUGAUGAAGCCAAGUCAGCCAGAGGUUUCGAUCGCAGCCCCAGCGGAAAGUGUAAUAGAAGUAGCUGAUACGGUGGUAGAAGAUCAUCCUACGGAAAAAGAGCACGACCAUGAACAACCACAGAAGGAUCUUUUCGGUUUCGAAACUGACUGCGAAGAGGAUGACGAAGACAAUAACGUUUCCGUCGCUCCAACGUCAGUGAAUAUCACCCGCGAAACGCUCAAGGAACGGCUGCAGAGCGUUCGGAAGUUGCUUCCCCAAUCCGUCCGGAAGGCGGGAGGAUCAUCAGUCAAGCAGCAGCAGCAAAGCAUGCCUCGAAUAUUCACCAGCCCUCAACGGAAGCGAACGUACUCGAUUCAGAGUGCAUUCAGCUCCUCGACGCCUCUGCAGGACAAGCGGAACCGGUGGGCCAAACGGAACCGAAAGGAACCAGCGAUCGAAUCGACCGAAAAGGAUCCUAAUGUAUCGGCUAUCGGGGUGGUGGAGGCUGCGGAAAAAGAGACCACCAGAGCGCAACAGGAGAGUCCACCGGCGGCAGUGUUCGAUGAGCCGGAGCAGGAGUUUGCGUCCACAUCGCUGAACGGUGCUGCGAACCGGACAUACGGUCGGGAGCCGCGAAGGAAAGUCAAACGACACAGGAACAUCUAUCUGGCAAAUUUGGGACUCAGCGACAGCGAGGUGGAAGAAGAGGUGGUGGAGAACGCGUCGAGUGAAUCUGAUCCGGAAUGGGCCGGAUCGGAUGCGGAGUCUGCAGCAGGUAAACGUCGCAAAAAACGGAAGCUAAAGAAGAAAACAACCAAGGAACCGGAGCCCGGUGCGAAAAAGAAGAAACAGAAGAAAACCGUUGAACAGACGGCCGAGUUCCAGAAUUUUGUCAGCGAAUUCAACAACAUGUGCGAUCAGGUAAACCAAUACGAGUUGGUGAUCGAGGAGACCGAUACUGUUCCACCGCCUGUCUAGUUAAGCAAACCAAGUGUCAUUGGAGAACUCAUCAUGCAUAGCGAUACUUUGCUCUGAGUGAAUCUAUCUUUCAAAGUUCUUUAUUUUAGUCCAGCAUUUAUUUUAGCAAUCUUUUACAAUCAGUGUAAUUUUCGUUUUUGGUAGGUUAAGAUUUAUUCCUCCAGAGGAUAUCGUUUUUAAUAUAGACCGUUUUUUAUUUUGUAAGCUGCACUUUCAACUCAUUCGAGUAUGUUUGUAAUGCAUUUUCUUCUUAUAAAUAAAUAUUGAAGAACUAAAAAAAUGCAGUACAAAUAGGAAAUUUGUUGAUAUACAAUUGUAACACAUGACAACCUAAAUUUUAACAUCUAUCUAUAUAUUAACCUACUAAAAUGAAUUGUGAAACAACUUUUAA